GCGCAGCUCAGCUCCAAGUUCAGUCACCGUUUUCAAUCUAGUUGUGGGGGGCGCAGCCCACCAUCCCAUGCGGAGUCGCACAGCAACCUUGUUAAAAGCACGGGCUUUAACCAACUAAAGCAUCUGGCCCCCCACCAGCAGCUCAGUGGCAGCUCAGCUCAAGUCGUCUUCAAUCUAGUUGCGGAGGGCGCAGCUCACUGGCCCAUGUGGGAAUUGAACCGGCAAUCCUGUUGUUCAGCACACGCCCUAACCAACUGAGCCACCUGGCCAUCAGCUUCUUGAGGUCAGACCCUGAAGACACAUCUUGAUGCUGAUUUCCAAUCUGAUCUGACACAUGGUGAUAGUAUUAAGAGAAUUCCCAGCCUGGUUUUUUCAUUGGAAGAAGGAAAACAGCUCUGGGCAGCUGGACUGAGGGUGUUUGAGACGGCUUAAGAAGAGCCACAGCAGGGGUGGUACUGCCCCCUAGUGGAUAUUUUGGAAAUUUAUGGGGCAUUUUUUGACCCCAAAAUUUGAAGGGAUGCUACCGGCAUUUAGCCCGCCUGAGCAGGAUGCUAGACAUCCUGAAAUGCUCAGAACCCUCCUUAUUAGAAAGAAUUCCCAAAACAACUUUGGAGUGACCGGCUAAACAUCAUAUAUGAAAACCUUGUUUAUCUGAGUCUAGAACUAUUCACAUGUAAACAUGUUGAUUUUGCACAUUUUGAAAAAGACUCAGUUUCCCAGGGAUACACUGCUGUGUAAAUUAAAAGUUACUUUGCUUAAAAGUUACUUUGCUUUGUUUGGCACUUUACCAUGAACUUGUUCACUAUUUUGGAGCAUCAGGUGCCAAUGGCAGCACUGUCUGUGGUACAUGAGUUGCCAGGAAAGCACCAGUGUCUGGGGGCAUCUUAGCUACCACAUCCACAGUGAUUCUGCACAUGGGUUUGGGGACUGGAUCACUCCUUGUCUUCUGUUUUCGCUGGGCCCAGCUUUUCACAUAAUGAAAUACCUGUUACAAAUUAUUUUUAUUUCUCACCUAUAUUACAGUGAGGACAUUAUAUAAAGUUGUGGUCACUGUUGUCAUGCGUGUCAUUCAUUAUCCAUGCAUGUCCUUUUGAGGUAGUCAGGGGCUUGACCGUGAAAGGGCUGUGGACAGCAGUGUAGUCAUGGUGGUUCCAAAUUGCGAUGGUGAGGAAGGAAUACAGUCUAAGAUCUCCCCAGGUUAUUUUCUAGGCCUUUCUACCCCUCUUACCCUGCUUUACAGAGCCUGGAUCAGGGGAGCUAAAUGGAGAUUCUUGGGGGAGGGGUCCAGAACACGGGAGGCUUCCCGGUUAAUGGGUGAUGGAAUUUGCACGAGAGCUGGGCAAAGGUGAAAGAGCUGCGUCCUGCGCUAAAUCCCUCAUUCCUUUGCUUCAUUGACACCCCUCCCCCCUCCCCACUCCAGGUAGCUAACUUUACCCAAACUCUGACCUCUUACACUUUCUACUUAACUCUGGCCCAGGACAGUCAACACAAGACAAAAGGCAGGACAGCAUGAGCCGAUCACACCCCCAUCCCAUCCAACUCCAAUCUGUGGGCUUCCAGGAUGCCUUGGCUCCCCUGCCACCGCCACCUGCUAUCGAAAACCCUCCCUCCCACUCUUGGGCCUGUCUAUGUGGGCCUCCUCCCUGGGGCCUCUGCUGUCUUCUGGCUCUGCAGCAUAUCUUGGUUCUGGGUUCUCUGCUCUGCGCCUCCCAUCUGCUCCUGCUUCAAAGCCUCCCCCCAGGAGGACUCCCUUACUCCCCUGCCCAGCUCCUGUCCUCCAGCCUCUUUUCGUGUGGUGUGUCUACCGCCCUGCAAAGUUGGAUAGGCAGCAGGUUGCCUCUUGUCCAGGCUCCAUCCUUUGAGUUCCUUGUACCUGCUCUGGUGGUGACCAGGCAGAAGCUACCUCUGGCCAUCCAGACACCUGGAAACUGUGACUCCUUCUCUCUUCUAGGCUUAUCCUGCUCAUGGUGGUCUGCUCUCAGCACCUGGGCUCCUGCCAGUUACCACCAUACCCCUGGAGGCCAGCUUCAACAUCUUCAACUUGCACUCAUAUCCCUACCUUCCGGCUGCUCUCGGUAUGUGAGGCCUCUACUGAGGCACCAUGGUUCUGGCUGCCUCACCCAGGCUGGAUCUCGGCGAGUGGCCCACUUGGUGGGGCUGCUCUGCAUGGGGCUUGGGCUCUCCCCGAGGCUGGCCCAGCUUCUCACCAUCAUCCCGCUGCCUGUGCUUGGUGGGGUGCUGGGGGUGACCCAGGCUGUGGUUAUGUCUACUGGAUUCUCCAGCUUCCACCUGGCUGACAUUGACUCGGGGCGGAAUGUCUUCAUUGUUGGCUUUUCCAUCUUCAUGGCCCUGCUGCUGCCAAGAUGGCUUCGGGAAGCCCCUGUCCUGCUAAGCACAGGCUGGAGCCCCAUGGAUGUGUUUCUUCGUUCACUGCUCAUGGAGCCCAUCUUCCUGGCGGGACUCUUGGGCUUCCUCCUAGAGAACACUAUUCCUGGCACACGGCUUGAGCGAGGCCUAGGUCAAGGGCUGCCAUCUCCUUUCCCUGCCCAAGAGGCUCAGAUGUUUCAGAAGUCCAGGAAGAAGGAUGCUCAAGAAUAUGAACUCUCUUUCCCCCUCCAAAACCUGUGUCUCUGUAUCCCCCAGCCCCUCCAUUGCUUCUGCCCGCUGCCUGAAGACUCUCGGAAUGCGGAAGGAGGGCCCACUGAGCCAGGAGAGACAGUUGAGUUGUUGCCUGGUUUUGGGGAACAGUGCUCUGGGCCUAGCAGAGAACUUAGGUCCCAAUAAUUACCAAGACUCCUUCUGCCCUGGUUAGUUUAGCCCUAUCUCCCAGCUUGCUGGACAGUCAGCUCCCAGGUUCUAUUUUCUCCUUAGGGAGAGGGUGUGUGUGUGUAAAAUGGGCCCACCUAAAGGUCUCAUUUCCCAGUAGGCGUGUUGCCUUUCCUUCUCUUAAUUAGGCCUAACUGUUCCAGAACAGGCGCCAUGGUUCAGCGGGCCAUGAAUGAAUAAAUGAGAUUUUGCCUGUGAACUAUCCAUAUUUGAACACUAGUAUUCACUUAAAUAUUUAUUGAGCACGUCUCAUGUGCAAGGUCCUGGAACUACAGAUAUGGAUAAGGCAGGGUCCCUGCUCUCUCAAGGCAAUUACGGUUUAAAAAGAUUUAUGUGAUUAACUAAAAUCCAAAGCAGAAGCAGUCCAUAAUAAAGAUUAAAACAAUGCUAUGGGGGCCAAGAGGAAGAAACAAUUAAUUCUGACUGGGGAUUGUGGGAAAGUCUUUAUGAAAGAAGCAACACUGGGCCUGGACUUGGCGAGAGGAAGAUUUUUGAUUGUGGAAAAUAGAUGGGGAGAAUUUUUCAGGCUCAGGUAUACAGCUCAAGAAAAAUCAUAGUACAAAGUACACGAGUUGAGGGAUUUCCAGCUUCUCAGUGGCGAUGGAGCAUACUUAUGGGAGUGGAUGGAGGGAGAAAUGAGACAGGCAAGGUAAAGGAUGAGGUUAGACCACGGGAUUUAUGCCUGGGAAGCUCGUCUUUCAAACAACUUGUGUGCUGGUGAGGAUUGGAGAGAUUAGUGAAAUUCAACCCUCUCGUUUUAUAUACUGGGGGUGCCAAAAAAAUGUAUACAAGUGGACACUUUGGUCAA